GAAGCCGGGUGGGCAGCCGGGGAACCACGGCUGACCGCAAGCGGCUGUUCGCACCGGCGGCGCGCGCCGGCGUGUCGCUGGGCAUGGACUGCAGGCCCUGGUCCAGAGAAGAUCUGCCGUCCAAGUGCUUCGCAAAGCACAGGCGCAGGUCGCCAUGUCCCACGUCACUGAACAGCCGGCAGUGGAGAUUUGUGAGAACGCGACUGGAUGACUUCCGGAAAGGCCGCCCGCCGCGCGGAGGUGGGAUCACUCAGGGCCCCGAGGAGGGCUUUCUCCCCCAGAUUUAUCACAGAGCUCCCCGACCUGCCCCGAGGAGGAGACAGAAGAACAUGCUGCCUCGGGAAGCAGCCCCGUGUUCCACGCUGUCGCCGGCCCGGCAGGCACGGAACGACUUCCGGGCGGACGUUGAGGCCCAGCCGACCCCGCACCCCUCGGCUCUCUACGCGGACCUGGAGGAAGACAUGCCUGCGGAGGUGCUGGAAGUGCUGGAUCCUGACAGGAAGCUGGAGGACACAUGGGGUUAUUGUCAGGGCAUCCGGAAAAGAAUGAAGGAACCCACAAAACUUUUAAGAAAACGUUCUACCCAAGUCUACCUGGGGCAUCCCAAGAAGACUGCUGUGUCACAUCCAGGCCAAUGGCUUUAUGAAGAAAAGAAGCCAAGUGAAACAGAUCUGCUCUGCAAUGAUGGUCCACUUAUUCACGAAAACGUACGCAAAGGAGUUAGCGACUUCUGCAGCUGGGCUACUAAGUUUGGGGGCCUGAACAUUGAUGAGGAGUUCAUCCUGAAACAGUUUAACAUUGACUAUCAGAGCAAACCAAGCUAUAAUGUGCUCCAUACAAUGAGACCCAACCAGGUUCCUCUGGAGCUAAAGAAAAGGAUUGGGCUAAAUAAACUGCAGGAGCCACAGUUUUUCCAGAAACUACACUAUGAGCAGAGACUUCAGAAACCACAGAGUCCUUAUAAACCAAAGUGGGUAAAGAUGAGGUACGGAGCAUGGUAUCUGAACACCAAGUUGUGGAAAAAGCAAAGAGCCGAUGAACCUUUGGUUGACCCCAAGGUCUUACGUAAAGCUCAAGAUGAGAAUGUUAAAAAGGAGCUAUGGGAACAGGAGGAGUUACUCGCAGACCUUCAUGGAACAGUUGCCUUUAAGGAUUUCGUUCUGAGCAGGGGCUACAGGAUGCCGAGUUUCCUUGAGAAGAUGUAUAUGAGGAAGGAAUGUAAAUGUGAGUGUAACAAGACUUCUGUAAAAUAACUCAAGCAUGGAAGAAUCUUGGGAAGAUGAUUAGACAGAUUUCAUUUACUAUAUACUUGGCUAUUUCUCUCUCUCUUUAAACAUUAAACAAAAUUUAUGAUGAAUGUCCCACCAU